AUGGGUCAAAAAAAGAUAGUCCGGAAGAACCGAGCUCCACUGGAAGACCCUCCUUCCGAUCCGUCUUCUUCAUCAUCAUUACAAGAAGAUGAACAACUCACCGACCAAGAAGAAGAAGAAAACCACUAUCAAGAACCAACCAAAGAAACACCAGAAUCUGAAUCUUCCGAAGACGAAGAAGAACAAGAAGUUCAAGAAGUAGAAGAAAAGGUAGAGAAAACUAAACCCUCUGUUAAAAAACCCAUCACUCCAGCAAAACCACAACACCCUCAGUCGUCGGACUCCGACCCGGGAUCUGAUUCGGAGACCCAUUUGGGCUCUCCGACUUUCACGAAGUCCAUCGCUUCCAAGCCCAAGAAACCCACCUCUUCUAAACGCCUCAUGCAAGAGUUUGAAAAGACUGCUAACCUGUCACAAAAGAAAAAGAAGUCCAAGUCCAAGAACGGUUCCGACACGUAUCCGGAUAUGGGUGAGUUUCAUGAACUAAUCAAGGAAUCUCUUAGUGUUGAUGUUUCCAAAAAUCAGUUUGUGGAUAAGAUUAGGAAGCUGAAGAGAAAGUACAAUAUCAAUGUUGAGAAAGCAGUUUUCUCACGGCCCCAUGAACGCAAGUGUUUAGAACUUUCAAAUAAGAUAUGGGGUGGGGGAAGGGAGAAGAAUGGGAUUGAUGGGAAUGAGAAGACCGUCAAGCUUGGCGAUUCUGUUGUUGUGCCUAAAGAAAAUGAUGGGAAGGAGGGUGCAUUGGGAGAUGAGAAUAAAGAUGGAGUUGAUGGGAAUGGGGAGAGUAACGAAGUUGAUGAGAAUGGGAAGAGUAGUCGAAGUAAAAGAGCGAGAAAGACUGAUUCGGUAGCUUUGCCUAAAGGAAAUGGGAAAGAGGAGGUUGCAUUGGGAAAGAAAUUGAAAGGAGGAAAAAUGAAGGAUAUGGAAGUUGAUGAAGUGGGGGACUUCUGGGCAAUGCACCCGUGCUUGAAAGAGUCGUUGGAGAUGGAGACGGAGACAGGGAUGCCUUCCGAUUUGUUAAGGAAGAAUCCUGUGAGGAGAUUUUUGAAGGAAAAUAUGAGUACAAUUGGGAACGAAAAGACGAUGGAGCUGGAGAAGAAGUGGAAGAAUUUGCGUGCUGCUGAAGUUACUUUAGCUCUAAAGCGGGGGGAAUUGAUGAACGAGCAGACAAAGCUGGUGUUGGAUGCAACGAAUGCUUCAAAGGAUUAA